AUGGAGCAGGGCAGCAACCGCCUGGAUGACUUCCCGCUCAAUGUGUUUUCUGUCACCCCCUACACGCCCAGCACUGCCGACAUCCAGGUGUCGGAUGACGACAAGGCAGGGGCCACCUUGCUCUUCUCAGGCAUCUUCCUGGGACUGGUGGGGAUCACGUUCACCGUCAUGGGCUGGAUCAAAUACCAAGGUAUCUCCCACUUUGAAUGGACCCAGCUCCUGGGACCCAUCCUGCUGUCAGUGGGGGUGACGUUCAUCCUGAUAGCUGUGUGCAAGUUCAAAAUGCUCUCCUGCCAGCUGUGCAAAGAGAGCGAGGAGCGGGUCCUGGAUGCCGAGCAGAUGGCGGGAGGACAGUCAUUUGUCUUCACUGGUAUCAACCAACCCAUCACCUUCCAUGGGGCCACUGUCGUGCAGUACAUCCCUCCCCCUUAUGGCUCUCAGGAGCCCACUGGAAUGAACACCACCUACUUGCAGCCCAUGGUGAACCCCUGUGGCCUCACACCGCCUGUAGGAGCCGCCGCCCCAAGCCCGCCUCAGUACUACACCAUCUACCCCCUAGAGAAUGCUGCCUUUGUCGACGACCAGGACUACUCUUCUCUCGUGGCUGGUAGAAGUAUCAGAGCUGGUCCUCAUGCCGGGCAACUGGAGGAGACACCACCUUACGAGGACUCUGCCUGCUUCUCUCCUCCUCCCUAUGAGGAAAUAGACGUCCCCCCUCACCCUCGCUAG